AUGAAGUCCAACAUGAAUGUAAUCGUUGACAGUGAUGAGCCAGAGGUCCGUCCUCAGGCGACCAAUCAGGAGGCGGAGGAGAGGCUGAGUCUGCAGCCACCGGCAGGCGGUCACAUCGGCCUCGGGCUGCAGCUCAGUCCCGACACCUCUGACAGCGAUCGGAUCAACUUCCAACUUUACACCUUCGCUUGUUUACACGCGUUCUGUCUCCCCGUUUUUCUCUUCACAGCAAAACCCCAAACAUCUCUGAGGCAGCCCAACCAUCGAGGGCGAGGCGGAGGUAGAGGAGGAGGAGGGGGCGCUGGCCGUGGGUCGGGACAUGGAGACUUCAGACAGAUGAGAAACGUAAGAGAUGGCCAUUCAGAAGGAAAGACUUGGGGGCAUUCAAGCAAGUUUUCCAACCAGAACACAGCCAACAAGAAAGGGAACCUGCCUGCAGAGAAACCAGAGAAGAGGAUGACCCUCCCGUCACGGUUUCAGAAGGAGGUGCACGCUCACCUUGCAAGAAAUCCCCAACAGGCUGAUUCACCGUUGAAUUUAAAUGAGGGUUUUGGUUCAGGAAGAGGAAAACCUUGCAACCCUCAGCAGGUUCAGGAUCGCAUCAGAGAGCUCCUGGGAAAGUACAGCAAUGGAUUCUGGGUAUCAAAACUGCCCCAGAUCUACAGAGAGCUUUACAAACAAGACCUGCCCUCAGAGGCCCUCAGAGACCUGGACACCUGGACCCACAUAUGCACGGUAGAGAAAACCUGCAGCAGCAACCCAUCUGAGCUGCUCAUCUACCCUGCCAAGGAACAGACCAUCACAUCCACCUCCUCACCCAUCACCAGCUCAAACCCCACCGCUCUCCUUGCUGAAACGCCAAAUUCAAGCUCAGAGAAACCCUUGCCGUCCCCAGCCCAACAGCGACCCCCCCGCACUCAUUUGUCUCGCUCUGGCUCCCAGUCUUCUCGGUCUCCACCGUCAUCUUCCUUGUCACCCAGCCCUCCUUCCUCCCCUGCAACCCUUAGCCCUGAAAUGAAGCAGAAACUGGAGGAGCUGCUGGUGAAGUACUCGAAUGGUCUGUGGGCCCACGCAUUGCCCAAGCUCUUCCAGGACACUUACAAAGUUAAACUGCCUGGACAUGUCCUGGAGAACCUAGACCUCCUCUCUGACAUUUGCACCAUCGACUACCCAAUGCCUGACAACCCCAAGAGGGCCAUCCUGUACAGGCGAAGCAGCUCUGAAAACCGAGAGAACAAGAACUGUAGCAGGAGAAGCUCCUCUACAAGUGAGGAGGAGCUGAGAGUAAAGAAGGAGGUGGGGAGGAGGCUCAGUUACCAAAAAGUGCCUUCUCUACAGAUCCCCAAAGAAGAGUACCCAUCUGUCCUGGUGAUUGAAGCCACCAAUACCAAUGAAGUUAUCCUCAGGUACAUUGGUGAAGGUUACUCCCAGGCACAGGAGUCCAUGGAAGAUGAGAUGAGGGAGUUUUAUGGCUUGGACCAAAACCGCCUAACUCCUAUGUCAUCUCCGACAUCUGGCCAACUCGUUGCUGUCAGGGCUGAGGAGGAGGAAGUUCUGAGAGCGCAAAUCUGUGACGUCUUGGCUGAUAAAGUCAAGGUUUACUUUGUGGACCAUGGCUUCUCAGAGGUGAUCAGCAAAACCAAAGUGUUUGAGCUCCACGAGAAGUUUUUCAAGCUGCCUUUCCAGGCGACCAUGUGUAGACUGGCAGGCCUGGAACCGUUCUGUCAGGAGCCCGCGAUGCUGAAGAGGUUUGAGACGAUGGCGACCGGCAGGAUCCUCUUGGCUGAGAUCUUAGAAACAGGGAAGCCUCCUCUCGUCGUCCUGUACGACACAUCUCAGGACGACGAUGUAAACAUCAACGCUGCCUGCAUCAAAGCCCUGCAGGACAAGACAUUAGCAACUCCGCUACAGGUGAACAGCUCUUUCAUGAACGUGGCAGUCAGCAACGUCUGCUCAGAUGGGACUAUUUACUGUCAGCUGCCAUCCAGAGGACUCACAAAGCUGAAUGAGAUCAUGGAGAAGAUAGAGACAUACUUCCACUUACAGGUGACAUCAGAGCUCUUGGUAUCCAGACCGUUUUGUGGAAAAGGAUGUCUGGCUCGCUAUAAAAGCAAAUGGUCUCGAGUUGAGAUCAUCAACCUGCACGGCAGCAGAGUUUUGGACGUUUUGUUCAUUGACGUGGGCGUCCAGGUUUCUGUCGAGGUGUUUGAGCUGAGAGAGAUCCCAUCGCUCUUCCUCCGGGAUCUCGUAGCUAUCCCACCGCAGGUUGUGAAGUGCUGUCUAGCAGACCUGGCUGUCAGUGUCGGAUCCUGGACUCCAGAAGCCGUCCAGUGGCUUCGGGAGAAAGUGUUCAACGCCACGGAAUGUAGCAUGAAGGUUGCCAAAGUAGAUGAAACCAGGAGCUGCACGUACGUCCGCUUGUUUACCGACAAGAACUUCCACGACCCAACUCGCAGCCUCAACCACCAGAUCGCCCAGUCGGACCUGUUCAAACAGCAGCCAGACGUCAUUUUGACGAGUCACAGCCCAAUCAAGAUUCCUGCAAAUCCUUUAUCCCCCAAGACUUCCAGCUGCAGUGGCUCCCCCUGCAGCAGCCCAACAUCAGCUUCUGUCACAUCCAAAACUCACCUCAGGAGGACUCUGUCAGCAUCCAAAGGAGGAGGAGGAGGAGGAGGAGGAGGAGGAGGAGGAGGAAGGACCAUAACCACCACGAGCCCAUCAGAAUCAUCCUUUCUCCAGCUGCCACAACUGCUAGAGUUACCCCCGAUCGGAAACAACAUGGACGUGUUUGUAUCCUUGGCUUGUCAUCCGGGCCACUUUGUGCUGCAGUCCUGGAGAGAUAUGUACAAACUGGUGGUCUUGAUGGGGGAGAUGAUACUCUUCUACAAUAAAACGGAGGAGAAACCACUCAAAAUAGAGAAGAAUCAGAUUUAUGCUGCUAAAAUUGACAACAACUGGCAUCGAGUGUUGGUGAAGGGAGUCCUGAGCAACGGCUUGGUGUCCGUGUAUGAGCUGGAUUACGGUAAACAUGAGCUGGUCAGCUGCAGCCGGCUCAGACGUCUGAUAAAAGAGUUCAGGCAGCUGCCGUUCCAGGGCAUCCCUGCUCAGCUGGCUGGAGUGAAGCAGAGGCAGUGGUCAGAGGAGGCCUCCAUCGUUUUCAGAAACCACGUGGAAAAGAAGCCCCUGGUGGCCCAGCUGGAAGCCGUGCAGGAAGCUACAAACCCGUGGGACAGGAAGUUGACGGUCUUCCUGGUCGACACGUCGCAGGAAGAAAGGGACAUCUGGAUGCACGACAUCAUGGCCGAGUUCGGAGACGAGCUGAGCAACGAGCUGUAGACGAUGAGAGCGCACUGUCCUGACGAUCACUGAAGACAGGAAGUAAAGCUUUUCAGUCUUUACUCAUCUGGACGAUGAAUGGUGAAAUAAGUUAGAUUUUACUAGCAGAAAGGGGACUUUUGUGGUUUUAUAGCAAGUAGAUCGACUCAGACAUAAAGACAAGAGCUUAAGGAACUGAAAUGACUAAU